AUGGGCUCGGAAAGCCCUGCUCAAGGUUUGUUCCCUGAUGCCCAUAACCUUCAAAUCACGACGGCUCAACAUGGAGACAGCAUUGAGAUAUCAGAGGCUUCGAGUGACAGUGAGAUACGUUCUACAUCAAAAAAUACUAUAGACACCAACAUAUUACGAAGUAUAAUCGACGAUGAACGUAUCCACGACCUGGAGGAUUACAAAGAGCGUGCAGCCAAUAGCAGGUUCUAUCUGACAAGCUUAUAUGCUGAGAAAGGCAACAUAACGUUGGAUAAAAUGCUGGUGGACAAGUUCACGCCAGAAAGUUACUCUGAUGACCCCUCUGACUUUAAGCGUUAUAAUUUGCGAGUUGAAAGGGAGUAUGAGUUAAGAGACAAGAUCCAGAGCAUCCUGCAAGAGCAAGCCUGUGGUGAUGUCAAAGUGCUCAAAGAAGAGCUUGUUCUGGAGAGCUAUGUGGCUGAUGGUGCUGUGCGGCGCCACUCUGAUCGAGCGAGUCAUAAGAGGCUCAUGAAUACAGUUUCUUGGGUUAAACAACGCUUAUCUGGAUUUGUGGCAAACUCGACUGCGGUUGAGCCGGAGGAUAUUCUGUCAAGAAACUCGUCAUGUACACAUAUCAUAGACAACGCCAGCUACAGAAAUAUGGCAAUAAACGAGAACACUACUGUAACCCACAAGCGUGAGAUGACGAGAAGCUCCGAAUCUUUCGAAUCUAACAAAUUUAGUGAGACUCAUUCAAGCUCUCGGGGUCUUGUGGGCUACUUGGAUGACUUUCUCAAUGGUUCUAACCACACGGUAUAUCAUGUUCAGCGGAAACUACGCGUGCGACACAUCCAAAUGGUAGGUAUAGGUGCCUGCAUAAGUGUCGGAAUUUUUUUGACGUCUGGUAAGGCCUUCUCUAUUGCUGGGCCAUUUGGAACCCUGUUAGGUUUUACAUUGACCGGGAGCGUUGUUUUGGCAACCCUGCUUUCUUUCACUGAACUAUCCACUUUAAUUCCCGUGUCGUCUGGUUUCAGUGGUUUGGCAUCCAGGUUUGUAGAAGAUGCUUUUGGUUUUGCGCUCGGUUGGACCUACUGGUUCUCGUCAAUGAUUGCCUUACCAGCGCAAAUAGUGGCUUGCACCUUUUACCUGGGCUAUUUCCAAAGCUUACAUAUUUCACAAGGAACAACGGCCGGAUUUGUCACACUGUUCUUGAUUUAUCCGAUUUUGAUUAACAUGAUGGACGUCAGAAUACUUGGUGAGGUCGUUUACAUUGCGGGCUUAUUGAAGAUCCUGAUCUCUGUUGCAGUUGUCAUAGCCAUGGUGGUGCUGAACGCUGGGCAUGGAGCUGGUAACCAUAAACAGGUUGGUUUUCGAUACUGGGAUUCAUCAAAGUCCUAUGGGAAUUUCACCUACGGGCUCUUCCGUCCCACUUUUGAUCUUGGAGACGCUGGCGAAGGAAGCAUGCAGGGCAUUAAAGGGGCGAAGGGCCGGUUCUUGGCAGUCGCCUCAGUGAUGUUGAUUUCAACUUUUGCAUACAGUGGCGUGGAAAUGACGUUUGUGGCCAGCGGAGAGGUCAUUAAUCCCAGGAAAUCAAUUCCGUCGGCCAUUAAACGAACUUUCAGCGUGGUACUGAUUCUAUACAUGCUUCUGGUACUCACUGUGGGAAUAAACAUAUACAGCGGAGACCCAAGAUUGCUGAGUUACUAUACUGGAUCGACCGGAGACCGUUUUAUUGCUUCCCUCAACGGGAACGUAACCGAAUGGCAAGUUACCGCCAAGUGCCAGGAAAAAGUGCUCGAAGGAAGCGGUGUUUCCAAGGAUGGAGUAAGUCCCUGGGUACUGGCUCUACAGAACUUCGGUAUGUGCACUUUCGCCUCGGUUUUCAACGGCAUAAUGAUUUUUUUCACUACUGGUGCAGAAGUAUCUUCACUUCUCAGCAGUUCCCGAACCCUGUAUGCGAUGGCUGUGCAGAGAAAGGCUCCAGCAAUCUUCCAGCGCUGCAAUAAGGCUGGCGUCCCCUAUGUUUCCGUGCUUUUCAGCAGCGCGUUCGGUGUCGUUUCCUACCUGGCGGUAGACCCAGCAGCCGUCGAAAACUUCAAUGUCCUAGCCAAUAUCGCCAGCGCCAGCACCUCUAUCAUUUGGCUCGGGCUGAACCUCUCAUUUUUAAGAUUCUACUAUGCCCUGAAGGCUAGGGACGACAUAAUAUCAAGAGACGAUCCUUCCUACCCGUACCGCUCGCCGUUGCAGCCCUAUCUGUCAUUUUACGGACUGCUGGGGUGCUCCAUUUUCGUGUUAUUCAUGGGCUACAUCAACUUCAUGCGCAACUACUGGAACACAAAGUCUUUUUUCUCAGCAUACGGUGGCUUGAUGCUUUUCGCUGCUUGCUACAUAGGAUACAAGACCAUUGGGACUUCCAAGAUACAGCGCCUUGACCAGAUUGACAUGGACACAGGCAGAAGAGAGACGGAUAGGAUGAUUUGGACCGAGUACAAGCAGUACUCGGGACCAUACCGCGAGAGGGCCAAGAGGCUCUUCACCUGGUUGUAUUGA